AGCAAAAGCAAGGAGGACAGCUUUACUCUAUGGUGGACAGCCGCGUAAAAUUUAUGAAAAAAAGUUGAGCCUUUUCAAUAAUUGUUUUUCAACAUGGCAGGAGAUCAAGCGCAAUUUUACCAAUUACUUAGCACAGUAUUAUCAAUAGAUAACGAAAUCCGAACCCAGGCCGAAAAAGUUUACAACGACAUCCCAACUGAAACUAAAGUGGUCCACCUAGUUGGUGCUAUUCAAAAUGCAAAUCUCGGCGAAGAAUGCAGGGAGACAGCUGCAGUUCUCCUCCGUAGGCUACUUAGUGCAGAAUUCUUUGAAUUCUUCCCCAAACUACCAGUUGAGCAGCAAACAAUGUUGCGGGAACAACUCCUCCUCACAUUACAAAUGGAAGUUAGUCAGUCGUUGAGGCGCAAGAUAUGUGAUGUAGUAUCGGAAUUAGCAAGAAACCACAUAGAUGACGAUGGAGUCAAUCAAUGGCCAGAGUUUCUUCAGUUUAUGUUCAAUUGUGCAAGUUCACAGGACCCUAACAUCAAAGAAGCUGGCAUCAGAAUGUUUACAUCAGUGCCGGGUGUGUUUGGUAACCGCCAGAAUGAGAACCUGGACGUGAUCAAGCGGAUGCUUCUGUCUGCGCUGCAACCCACAGAGUCUCCAGCGCUGCGCAUGCAAGCCGUUAAGGCGGUGGGCGCCUUCAUAUUGCUACAUGACAAGGAGCCAGCCAUACAGAAACACUUUAGUGAUCUAGUCCUGCCCUUCAUGCAGGUCGUAGUCCAAUCGAUCGAGGAAGAAGACGAUGAUUCUGCAUUGAAAGUCCUUAUUGAGCUGGCUGAGACAGCACCCAAAUUCCUACGUCCGCAAGUGGAGACAAUCUUCCAAGUUUGUAUAAAGGUCAUUGGCGACAAAGACGCAGAGGACAACUGGCGUCAGCUAACCCUGGAGGUUGUGGUGACUCUGUGCGAAACAGUGCCGGCGAUGGUGCGCAAGGUGGUGCCCAACGCGGUGCAAGUGCUGACUCCACUGGUGCUGGAGAUGAUGUGCGAACUGGAGGACGACCCCGAGUGGGCCGUGCAGGACAACGCGGCUGAUGACGACAAUGAACUAAACUAUGUAGCAGCCGAGUCUGCCUUAGACCGCAUGUGCUGUGGUCUCGGAGGCAAAAUUAUGUUAGGACUGAUUGUCAACCAAGUGCCAGUGAUGUUAGCUUCGGAAGACUGGAAGCGACGUCACGCGGCCCUGAUGGCUGUCUCCUCAGCUGGCGAGGGCUGCCACAAACAGAUGGAACAGAUGCUUGACCAAGUUGUGUCAGCCCUGCUCAAUUAUCUCACUGACCCUCACCCAAGAGUCCGUUACGCUGCAUGCAAUGCAGUAGGACAGAUGUCGACGGAUUUCGCGCCGGUGUUCGAGAAGAAAUUCCAUGACAAGGUUGUGCCAGGUCUUCUGUUAGUUCUGGACGAUAGCGCAAACCCUCGUGUGCAGGCUCAUGCUGCAGCAGCUUUGGUAAACUUCAGUGAAGACUGCCCUAAGUCAAUCCUUACACAAUACUUGGGCCCACUGAUGGGGAAGCUUGAAGCCAUAUUGACUGCCAAAUUUAAAGAGUUGGUGGAGAAAGGUACAAAGCUGGUACUGGAACAGAUAGUGACGACGAUCGCGUCGGUCGCCGACACGGUCGAGAAAGAUUUCGUGGAGUAUUACGACAGACUGAUGCCUUGCCUCAAGUACAUCAUCGCCAAUGCUACCACUGACGAGUUCAAGAUGCUCCGCGGCAAGACCAUUGAGUGCGUCAGCCUUAUCGGUUUGGCGGUGGGUGAGGAGAAGUUCAUGUCUGACGCGUCGGAAGUGAUGGACCUGCUGCUGAAGACACACACAGAGGGCGACCAGCUGCCUGCAGACGACCCGCAGACUUCCUACCUUAUUUCCGCCUGGUCCAGGAUUUGUAGGAUAAUGGGUAAGAAAUUCGCUCAAUACCUGCCCAUGGUGAUGGAGCCGGUGAUGCGUACGGCCGCCAUGAAGCCCGAAGUGGCGCUGCUGGACAAUGAAGACCUCGAAGUGAUUGAGGGAGACCUCGACUGGCACUUUGUGACGCUGGGCGAACAACAGAACUUUGGCAUUAAAACUGCAGGUCUGGAAGACAAAGCGUCUGCUUGCGACAUGCUCGUAUGUUACGCGCGCGAACUUAAAGAAGCCUUCGCCGAAUACGCGGAGGACGUCGUCAAGCUGAUGGUGCCGAUGCUGAAGUUCUACUUCCACGACAACGUGCGCACGGCUGCCGCGGAAUCGCUGCCGUACUUGCUGGAGUGCGCGCGCAUCCGCGGCCCGCAGUACAUCCAGGGAAUGUGGGCGUACAUCCUGCCCGAACUGCUCAAGGCCAUCGACUCGGAGCCCGAGCAGGAGGUGCAGGUGGAGCUGCUCAACAGUCUUGCCAAGUGCAUUGAACUGCUGGGCACAGGAUGCCUGUCUGAUGAAAUGAUGGCGGAAGUCCUUCGCAUCCUGAACAAACUACUCACUGAACAUUUUGAACGCGCUACCGAGCGUCGUCAAAAACGCGCCGACGAGGACUAUGACGAGGUAGUGGAAGAACAACUAGCUGAUGAAGACAACGAAGACGUUUAUGGUCUGUCCCGUGUAGCGGACGUGCUGCACGCGCUCAUGUCUGCGUACCGCGACAGCUUCUACCCGCAACUCGACUCUCUGCUGCCACACCUCGUGCAACUGCUCGCGCCCGGACGACCUUACGCCGACCGGCAGUGGGCCAUCUGCAUCUUUGAUGACGUCAUAGAGUUUGGCGGUCCGGCAUGCGUAAAAUACCAAGACAUAUUCCUCGAGCCAAUGCUGAAUGGGCUCCGCGAGCCCGAAUCGGAGGUCCGGCAAGCGUCCGCCUACGGCUGCGGCGUGCUGGCGCAGUUCGGCGGGCCGCAGUUCGCAGGCGCGUGCGCGCGCGCCGUACCUCUGCUCGCCGCCAUCGUUGCCGAGCCGGACUCGCGUUCCGUGGAGAAGCUCAACGCGACCGAGAACGCCAUCUCGGCCGUCACCAAGAUCAUCAAAUACAACCACUCGCAAAUCAACAGGGAUGAAAUCAUCAGGCAUUGGUUGACAUGGCUACCUGUAGUGGAAGACACUGACGAAGCGCCUCACGUGUACUCCCUCCUGUGCGAGCUGGUGGCGAGCGGGCACGCGGCGCUCGCGACGCCGGACGCGCCGCAGCGAGUGAUCGCGGCGCUGGCGGAGGCCUUCCUGCACGACGCUGUACCCGACGACAACCCCGUGUUCGCGCAGAUGGUCGCGCUAGUUCGACAGAUACAGAGUAACACAGAACUGUUUAACUCAUGCGUGAUGCAGCUAAGCACCGAACACAAGGAGGCGCUGAAAGUGGCGCUCUCCACCUAGUGCCAGCUCCGAAGUUCGCCGCUUGUAUUUAUUCACCGCUCGCCCCUCGCCCGUCGCUCCCCGGCUGCCCACCGCCAGUCGCGCUCCCUAUACGAGCCCACAUCCCCUGUGACUAGUUACAUAGACCAUUAAAUGAAAAUGAAAAAUAAAAUUAAUCAUGCUGUGCUAUAUUUACAUAAAGUAAAAAUAAACUAUUAUGACAAAAUAGAUAAUAAAAUAAACUUUUCUAAUAAACACAGGUUGUGUGUAAAUUCGAACUUAGUUCGUUGUAAUGACUGGUGUAAAAAAAUAUAACCUAUAUUGUAAUUAAUAUGAAAUAUUACCCCCCAUCCCUACAGUUCUAUGAAAUUGUUUUCUUCGAUCUCAAGAAGUAUCUAUCAGUUGAGCUAAAAAUUGCUGUGAUAUAUUUUAUACUAAUUUUGAUGAUCAGCCACAUAAAAGUAGCACGUCUUGAACUUGACCAUGAUGUCGAUUUCUAAUAUGUAUUUUUAAUGUCAAUAUUUGAAACAAAAUGAUGAUAGAUGAUGGCAGAUGGUCCAAUUUCAAUGUUAAUAUUGUAAUUAGGUUGGGGAAAUUAUAGAAUAUUGAAUGAGAAAGAUAUUAGACAUUUGAAUAUUGUAUAAUGUAUAUGUAUAUAUAAUCUCGAUUAAUUCUAAAGGUGAUUUACUAUCAUUAUUGAUAGAGAAAUUUUACAUUUCCUGCAGCAUACAUUUGAGCAUUUAUUGUUCAUUUCUUCAUUUUUGGUAAUUUAUAUAAAAUUGGGCUGUGACAUUCCCGAUUUUUGUUUGCCUUAUUUUGGUUGCGUUGGGAUGUUGGUAGUUUUCUGACGAGACUUUUCUGUUUCAGUGAUGUUUCUAAGGAAUAAUUUUAUUCAUUAAAUAUAUAUAUAACGUAUAUACAUUUCUUUGUUUAUCGAAAAUAAAAGUUAUUGGCAUUGAA